UUGGAUUUUUCUUUUUUCUAAUAUACCAAAAAAAGAGAGAAAAACAUAUUCUUGAGGGAUAUGAAUCAUGUCAAGAAAAAUUGAGAGAGUGUUGGGUGGUGAAAGAGUGCUUUGCGCACUAGCAGACAUAUGGGACCCAUCAUCAUCACUUCCUCCACCAUCUCCGAACCUACCCUUCCCCUCUUCCCCUUUCCUUUCUUUUUUGCUUUGCUUUUGGUUUUCCUAUACCAUUGCUCUAAUUCCUACAAUACUCAAAGAAAAAACAACAAAUAACUUCGUAAACUCUCAUCCUCUCUCUCUCUCUCUCUCUCUCUCUCUCUGUCUCUGUGUGAAAAUACACUCUUCUUCUUCUUCUUCCACCUCUUUUGUUCUUAUUAACAACACUCUUCCCAAAAUCAAAUACUUUUCACUCUCUCUGUUCCUUCUCUCUGUUUUUUUCUCUUCAACAUCUUGUGCUAAUGAAAGGAACUCUGGGUCUUCUUGGUGGUGGUGGUGGUGGUGGUGGUGGUUCUUCUGGUGGGUCUUCAAAUGAAUCCACAGUGUCUAAAGUGGAGGUUGUUGUUGAGCAAGACUAUGUGGGUAUGUCUUCUGAUGCUUCUUCAUACCCAUCAGAGGCAGAGCUUGAGCUUGGUCUGGGCCUGAGCCUUGGUGGUGGGUCUGGUGGUUUGGUUGCAGAGAAAUCCAAGCCAUGUGGGUGGGGUACUGAGCGUGGAAGAAUCUUGAUGGCUAAAGAUUUCCCUUCUGUUGUUGUUUCUGAUGGAAGUUCUUCAGCUCCUUCUCGGUUCUCUUCAGACAGAGUUAGUAAUAAUAAUAAUACUUCUGGUGUUGCUGUUUCUGGGACUAAAAGAGCUGCCGACUCUUUUUCCCAUGAGAGUGGAUCUCCUACUGGUGUGAGUCAGGUUGUGGGAUGGCCUCCAAUAAGAACUCACAGGAUGAAUUGCUUGGUUAACCAAGCAAAAACUCAAAGAGCUGAAGAGGAAAAAGCAACAAGCGAGAAAGAAAAACCCAAAGAUGCUUUGACAAAGAAGAUCAAUAAUGGCAACAAAACCAGUACUACUCCUGCAAAAGAAAAAGGGCAUCUUGGUUUUGUGAAAGUGAAUAUGGAUGGAAUAGCAAUUGGGAGGAAAGUGGAUUUGAAUGCUCACUCCUGCUAUGAGACUCUGGCGAAAACCCUUGAGGACAUGUUUUUCAGGUCCACCAUAACUGUCAAUUCAAUUGGUGGAGAUAAGGAACAAGGAACAAAACCCUCUAAGCUUUUGGAUGGAAACUCUGAAUUUGUUCUUACUUAUGAAGAUAAAGAGGGCGAUUGGAUGCUUGUUGGAGAUGUUCCUUGGGGGAUGUUCCUCGGCUCUGUGAAAAGGCUUCGAAUCAUGAGAACAUCCGAGGCUAAUGGACUUGCUCCAAGAUUUCAAGAAAGGAAUGAGAGACUAAGAAGCAAGCCUAUUUAGAAUUUGCUGCUGUCCCUUAUCCUUUUUUACCUUUUUUUGUUUUCCAUUUUGGAGUCCCAUAAGAUGAAGAAAAACCCACAGUUUGACAACAGAAGCAAAAGUAGAGAGAACUUGAAGAGGCAGAGUGUUUUGCUGAGAUUGAUCUUCCACUGGUUUUGUUUGCUCUUUUGGUCCAAACCAUUCUCUGGUUCAUGCUGUUUUCUUUUUUUUUCCUUUUAGGGCCAUUUAAUUUUAGUUUUUAGGACUCUUUUAUAUAGGUGUACUAGCACACAAGGCCUGCAUACUUUGGCUAAAUGCUGCCUGCUUUUUUCUCAUACUGUAAAUAUGGGAGUACUUGAUAUCUAGAGUGUUUUUAAGUUUGCUGCAAUGUAGUAGACUCUGUUUUUCUUGGUGAUAGAAGAAGGAAAAAAAAAAAACAAUGUUGUGUGGUUUUGAUAAUGUUUUCAAUUUUAUUUUAAAGUGUUUGUUUUCUUUAUGCUC